AUGGGCAUCAAAGGACUGCACGGGCUUCUCAAGUCCAUUCAGAAACCAUGUCACAUCAAGAAUUUCAAUGGGCAAACGCUUGGAGUCGAUGCAUAUGGAUGGCUGCAUCGAGGGACUGUUGCUUGUUCAGUGGAUUUGGUCCUGGACAAUCCGACGAGAAAACACAUUGAUUUCGUCCUCAACCGAGUCCGCAUGCUUCUUUUUUUUGGAGUGAAACCCUACCUCGUUUUUGAUGGCGACAAUUUGCCCAGCAAGGCAGGCACUGAACAGGAUCGCUACAGACGGCGCCAGGAAAGCAAAUGCCUUGGACUGGAACUACAACGAAAAGGAAGAAUGGCGGAAGCUUACCAAGAGUUCCAAAAGGCCGUCGACGUGACACCCUAUAUGGCUCGCCAGUUAAUUGAGGAACUGAAGCAAAUGAAUGUGCAGUAUGUGGUGGCCCCGUACGAGGCAGAUGCCCAGUUGGUGUACUUGGAGCAACAGGGUGACAUUCAUGGAAUCAUAUCCGAGGACUCGGAUUUGCUUGUUUUUGGAGCCAAGCGAUUAAUUUCCAAAUUGGAUCAACACGGCGAAUGCAUUGAGAUCAACCGCGCCGAUUUUACUGCGUGUCGCGAAGUCAGUUUGGUUGGCUUCAGUGAUCCAGACUUCAGAAACAUGUGCAUUUUGAGCGGUUGCGAUUACUUGGCAAAUAUCCCUAAGCUGGGGCUGAAGACUGCCUACCGGAUUAUUCGCAAGCAUCGGAGCGUUGAGAAAGCCCUGCGCAUGCUCCAGUUUGAGGGUAAUUUCCGGGUCCCAGCCGACUACCUUGCCAACUUCAAACAAGCCGAGUUGACCUUCCUUUACCAACGGGUCUUCUGCCGCAAAGCUGAAAAGCUAGUGACUUUGACACCACCUGAUAAGGAUACCAAUUUGGCUGCGCUUCCAUAUAUCGGCGCCGAUAUGGAGCCGGAAAUUGCCAUCGGAGUUUCUCGUGGCGAUUUGGAUCCAACUACCAAGGAACCAAUUACCCUGAAGCCACUGGCCGCAGGUAGAUGGUCCCUUGGUAUUAAUCGCCGCCAGACAUUGGGUACUUCCUCUGAGUUGAAGCCAAAGAAGUCCAUCAAUUCGUUCUUCACUCCCAAGAGGACACCGCUGGCCGAGCUGGACCCUAACAGCCUAACUCCGUCUCCAAGCCAGCAGCGACUCCUAGAGCGAAAUGCGAGCAACAGCUGGCAGGCCAAUGCAGCGCCUUUCCGCUCCAACUCGGUCAGGUCCACGCCUCUCAGGGCGUUUUCUGACCAAGGUCUCAGCCCUAUGGUUCGGAGUGUGGAACGCUCCUCUUUUCUGGCCCAAAGUGCAAGAUCGUCGGCCUUGCAGUGCACAAAGAGGCAGAGGCUGUGCUCUGAGGCCGAGGGGGAUUCUCUGCCUGCUUGUCCCCCUGCUCGCAGUCGGUUCUUUGCUCAAGCCAGCCCUAGUCCUCAAGAUCUCUCCCGGUCUAAACGGUCACGCAAAUCAGUGAUCGGUGUCUUUUCUGAUGAAAUUGCAGAAGACAUAAUGUGCAGCAUUCCUGAUCCCAGUACUACCCCUGGGCCUGCCGAGUCUACAACUGAGAGAAACCUUGAGAUAUCCGACAAGCCCAGUGAAGUUGAUACCCCUUCUAAACCUACCUCCGACAAAGUCCUUGUGACAGAGAACCUCGAUGUAUCUCAGAAUAGUCCUAGGGAUAACACACCGAACUCCCCAGGUUUUAGUCUGGCUCUUGACUAUCACGUUGACCGGCAAAACUCGAAUUUACUCUCCAAGUUUACUUUUCAAGCUGGGCAAAAGCCCGAAACAACCGCAGCUAGCUCGACCAUGACUAAGAUUCCUGCGGUUCAGACUUCCCAUAGACCUUCAACGCCCUCGAACCCCAGAAGCCCAGCUGCGAUUGCACGGAGCAACGUCUUCCAUCGACGCCUGACGCCGCUCCAGCGGAUGGGACAGUCCGCUCUCAGUCGAUCUCACAGCAUCAAUAUUCCUACUAAACUCCGGGAUGCCGAAGCUGUUGAACCUCGGACUGAAGCUUCAUCUCCUAUCGUGCAUAAGGUGUCCUCUCUCGCAGGAAUCCAAGGCAGCGAAGAUCUCAUUGUCCCAGACAGUGAGGAUGAAGAGGACGAGGAUGAGCCCAGCACAGGGUACUCAACCACUCUUGAUCUGAAACGCUUUGCUUUUGCCGCGAAUUAG